AUGGAUUUCUUUGCCCAAGCAUACGACAACGGACCCAAGUCCGAGAAUGUCCUCUACUCCAAAGACUCGCCUCUGCACUCUCCAAAGGCACCGAACGAGGGCGUUUGCCAAGGCUAUGGAUCCGAGCUCAACGCCCAUCUCCGUCGAGCAUCCUCGGGGCUCGAGUCAGACGUACCUCGUCUCCAGCCCGGCGUCCUUGGCCAUUUCCUCCAUCGACAUCAUCAUCAAAACCAUGAAGAUAUCGGUCGCGUCUCACCCUUGCCCAUGAGCGGUGUCCACCUCUUUGGAGGACACUCGUACUUUUCCUUGGCCAGAACAGCUUCACCCGUUCAAGAGCUGCCCACAAAACCAGAGUCCCACAGUACUGCAGAGGGUAACUCGCCGCGGGUGCUACUCAGUCGACGUACUUCGGUUUCGAACCCCUGUCUGCUGCACCACACCAACUCGAACGGUGAUGGAGUGGUCCGACCUCCAGUCAUGCCUCGCUCCGUGAGCUCGGGCUCACAUCAGUCUCACGAGGCGCCUCUUUCACCCAAGAACGAGAAGGGUGCGACUGCGGCCGCGGGCCAACAUGAGCCGGCCAUUAUGGAGGGCCGGGAGCUGCGCCUGUAA